AUGGCACCAAACCAAAACAACGAAGAUAUCUCCGCUUAUGGGGUGGCCCGUUUUACGAUUAAGGGCAACCCCCUUGAUGCUGAGCAGCUUCAUAAGAUGGAUGUUUACUUUCGCACCAGUCUCUAUCUCUGCUUGGGCAUGCUCUAUCUCCGCGAAAAUCCUCUUCUGAAAGAGCCUCUCCAACUCGACCACAUCAAAGCCAGAUUAUUGGGUCACUGGGGCUCUGAUGCUGGCCAAUCCUUCACAUGGACCCAUAUGAACCGAUUGAUCAAAAAGUAUGACCUCGAUGUACUCUUCAUCUCGGGCCCUGGCCAUGGCGCCCCUGGUAUCUUAUCGCAGUCCUACCUUGAGGGUGUCUACUCAGAGAUCUAUCCUGAUAAAGGCGAAAAUGAGGAGGGAAUGAAGAAAUUCUUCAAACAGUUUUCAUUUCCCGGUGGCAUUGGCAGUCACGCAACGCCAGAGACUCCAGGUAGUAUUCACGAAGGAGGCGAAUUGGGAUACUCUAUUUCUCAUGCUUUUGGAACUGUCUUCGACCAUCCGAAUCUGAUUACCUUGACGAUGGUUGGGGACGGAGAAGCCGAAACAGGGCCUCUGGCUACGAGCUGGCACAGCAACAAAUUCCUCAAUCCUGUCAGCGAUGGUGCUGUUCUUCCGGUGCUUCAUUUAAACGGAUAUAAGAUUAACAACCCGACCGUUCUCGCCCGGAUAAGCCAUGAUGAACUAUCGUCUUUACUGGCCGGAUACGGAUGGACUCCGUACUUUAUUGAGGGCAGCGAUAUCGAAAGCAUGCAUCAAGCCAUGGCUGCUACUCUCGAACACUGCAUUCUCGAGAUUAAGAAGUACCAGAAAGAAGCACGAAAAUCGAGGAAGGCUUUCCGUCCUCACUGGCCGAUGAUCGUCCUGCGCAGUCCCAAAGGCUGGACAGCUCCUCGUAAGCUGGACAACAAGUUACUUGAAGGGUUCUGGCGUGCUCAUCAAAUCCCCAUCACCGAUGUUCGCACCAAUUUUGAUCAUCUAAAAGUGUUAGAAUCUUGGAUGAAGGGAUACAAAGUGGAAGAAGCUUUUGACAGCGACGGAAAGUUGAUUUCUGAGUUGAGGGACCUGGCACCGACUGGCACUUCAAGGAUGAGCGCGAAUCUAGUGGGAAACGGUGGUCUUCUCCGCAGGCCUUUGGAUAUACCUGAUUUCAGGCAGUACGCGAUCAAAGACGUCAAGCCAGGCAUCUCUUCUGCUGGCAGUAUGGUCAACAUGUCUAAAUUCCUCCGUGAAAUCGUCGCCAAGAAUCUCACCAACUUCCGCGUUUUCGGCCCUGAUGAAACCGAGUCGAACAAGCUGGGAGAGGUUUACAAAGCCGGAAAGAAGGUAUGGAUGGGCGAAUAUUUUGAAGAAGAUAAUGACGGAGGAAAUCUGGCAGUUCAGGGGAGGGUAAUGGAGAUGCUCAGUGAGCAUACCUGCGAAGGCUGGUUGGAAGGUUACAUUCUGUCUGGUCGGCAUGGACUGUUGAAUAGCUACGAGCCUUUCAUUCACGUCAUCGACUCGAUGGUCAACCAGCACUGCAAAUGGAUCGAGAAAUGCGCCGAGGUUGAAUGGCGAGCCAAAGUGGCAUCGCUGAAUAUCCUGCUUACUGCCACCGUCUGGCGGCAAGACCAUAAUGGCUUCACCCAUCAGGACCCGGGAUUCCUCGAUGUCGUCGCAAACAAGAGCCCGGGCGUUGUUCGGGUUUAUUUACCACCCGAUGGAAACACGCUUCUCUCGGUGGUGGAUCAUUGUCUGCGUAGCGUCAACUACGUCAAUGUCAUUGUGGCCGACAAGCAGGAUCAUCUCCAAUUCCUCAACAUGCACGACGCCAUCGCCCAUUGUACAAAAGGCCUGGGAAUCUGGUCUUGGGCCAGUAACGAUCAAGGCCAGGAACCCGAUGUGGUGAUGGCCAGCUGUGGUGAUGUUCCAACUCACGAGGCUCUGGCCGCCACAGCACUGCUGAGAGAACUACUCCCCAGUCUUCGCGUACGAUUUGUCAAUGUCGUCGAUUUAUUCAGGCUGCAUUCCGAAUCCAAUCAUCCCCAUGGAAUUUCCGAUCGGCAAUGGGCGUCUAUUUUCACAGAGGACAAGCCGAUUAUUUUCAACUUCCACUCAUAUCCCUGGUUGGUUCAUCGACUUGCCUACAAACGUCCUGGGCAACAUCAUCUCCAUGUCCGGGGGUAUAACGAAAAAGGCAAUAUAGAUACACCGUUUGAGCUUGCCAUUCGUAACCAAACCGAUCGAUACAGUCUAGCGAUAGCGGCCAUUGACCGCAUGCCCUGGUUAAAGAAUACUGCGUCUGGUAUAAGGGAUGAAUUGGUCAAUCUCCAGAUUAUCGCUCGGAACGAGGCAUACGAUACUGGUAUAGAUCCGGAACAUAUCAGGGACUGGCAAUGGCCGUAUCCAAAGUGA